AUGGUCUCCGAGGAUACUACUCAAGCAGACUGCCUCUCCAAAAUCGAUGCGAUACUUCAAGAAAGCGUCGCAGCUGGAGUGACUGGUCUCCCCGCCACGAUAACCUCAUCCCGUGGCCGCUGGACCUUUGUCGCCGGUGUUUCGGAUCUUGAGAGCCAGCAGCCCAUCACAGCCACUCACUUGUUUGGCGUUGGUAGCAUCACCAAAGUAUUCACGGCCGUGGUCAUUUUCCAACUUAUAGAAGAAGGAAAGCUGCAAUUGUCAGACACUUUCGAGCCUCUUGAUUACAUUCGCCGCCCAAGAUUGACCGCCCCUGAGCGUGGUAACUAUUACUAUGCCAAUACAAACUACGAGCUUCUCGGUUUUAUGGUUGAAAAGAUUACGCAGAACACGGCAGAGGCCGAAAUCCGCCGACGAACCCUCGAGCCACUCGGUAUGGACCACACUUUUCUAGAGGGGUUUGAAGAGCAGAACCAGGGCACGAUGACAAAGCGCCAUCACUUUGCCACAGAGGAAUACCGUGAGGCAGCGGGAAUCAAUGCAGCUUUUCCCAAGCUUCAGGACGGCAAGCUCAUUGACUGUACGGCAUCUAACCUUUCCUUCGGGUGGACAGCCGGUGGCAUGGUUUCCACGCCCUCUGAUCGUGUCAAAUUCGCCACUGCCGUUCGAGAUGGGGGUUGCUCAGUGCGGAAUCGCUUGCUAUUAUGA